UAUCUUCUUUUUUCAGAUGCUGUUCCGUUUCGCGGCUGUCGAAACGAUUUAACAUCAGUGUGUCAUCCGCAUGAUUAGGCAUACAAGCGUUGAGAGCACCGAUCUGAUCCGACAUUUUGAUGAAAGCUGCGUUUUGUUUCAGCAAACUUCGCAGCCAUUUGAAUGUGUCACAAAUCGAACCUUUCGAGAAAGGAAGAAUAUGAAUGGCGCCAAUCCCCGUUAUAUGCAACUUGACCCGAGUUGGAACGCUGCUUGUGGUAGCGAUGCAUUUUCAUUUGACUCCGGAAAAGGAUCAGCUUUCGAUUUUCAGGAUGGUUCCUCGGAGACGGACAUUUACAUGCACCCCGGGCUAGAAUCGGUCGAUCCACCUCCCGCUCCAAAACCGAAGAAGUUUUUCAAGAGUCGUGAUGCAACGAACUCUGCCGCCCCUGAAUCCGCUCCGCUUCGUAAAUUCGAUCUUUCCACCUUGUAUGGACCUAAGCAUAAGAUUUUCAAGAAGCAGCCAAAGAGAAGACUACCACCGGCGACGAAGAAUACCUCCGGGAAGAAGCUUGAAUCAGAUCCUCCGCCAUCGACUCCAACAUCGUAUCUUCAUCGUGCGCCGGUUUCAGUUCCCGCGAAGGAGAACAAAAUCUCCGAAGUGGAAGUGCGUGCCCCUCUUAAGAUCGUGAUGAAGAAAACGUCAUCUGGAUUUCAUGUGGAAGCAUCAGACGGAGUCACCAAGAAGAAAAAGCAUGGACGUCCCCGAGGUAGAGCGAAAAAAGAGAAAUAUGCCGUCAGCGAGAAGGAGGAAGAAGACAACGAAGUCUUUCACGAAGAUGAAUCUUUAGAUAUCGCUGGAAGAAUUUCUCCUGCUGUUCCGCCUCCCGAUCUUCCCCCGGGGGUGACUGCACGGAGUGUUCGUUAUGCUAAACGCCUGAAAAGCCCGACGUCGCAAGAAGAGGAAUUAUCUCCAGCUGUCGAAACCUUGAUUUUCCAGAGGUCUCGUUCGAAAAGUCCAAGAGGUCCCAGGAAACGUUCGACGAGUGGCCGGAAACGUAAGAAGCGUGGAGGUUUAAGGAAUGUUGGUCAUCGCCCCAAGAAACCUAGUCCACCACAGGCAACUUGGGAAACAUUGUUGGGUCCAGAUGCCAUUGUUAUUCCUACCUUCCGACCGGAUAGUGUACAUAAUUCCGAACCCGCCGUUACUCCGGAUCAGGAAUCACAAUCCGUUUCUGAUGAUUCGCCUGAGAAUGUAGAAAUCUUUGAAGACGUCAUGGAACCUUGUUCUUCAGAAGACCCCAGAUCAGAAGAUAGCAGUUCUUCUCCCCAGACGAAGUCGCAAACAUCUCAGCCGUUUGCGUCCUCUGAACCAGAUCAACCCGAUCAUCGACCGAGUUUGGUGUUGAAGUUUGGAAUGACUAGUGACUUCCCGAUUCUGACCUCUUCCCCGUCGUGUCCCGAUUCUGUGUUCAAUUUGACAGUGCAUAAACCUGAUGAUUUAUCUGAGUCCGUCAAACCAUGUGAUGUACCCCCGCCCAUUACUGAACCCCCGGAACCGAAUCCAAUGAUAGAACCUGAAAAUUCUUGCAAACCUGUACCAAAACGCCGUGGUCGGCCUCCGAAAAAACUUCCUGCAGAUGUUCCGAUCGAGGAGCCACCUACAUUUUCUUCACAACCGAAUCUUCAAGUCGAUUCGCAACCAUGGCUGGAUACGAUUGAAGAAGAAAAGGCGAACAGUGAACCUCAAACCGUGGAUUUUUCGGCGUUCGAACCACUGCGUCAAGCAGAGAGGAUCAUUCAUAUUCCUAGUCGCAAUCCAAGCUCCAACAAUGAUGGAAGAAAGCCCAGGAUAUUUUUUUCAAAAUCCGCAUCGAAUCGUGCGUCGUACAAACACAAGUGGCACGGUGAUCAAGACGAGGAGGCCACGAAGAAUAAAGCCGCGGCGAACGCAGCAGUUACGUCGAGUGAUGCUGUGUCUCGAGCUUAUGAUGACUUCGAUGCGGAAUUCGAACCGCAAAACGCCUUUUCUGAUCUUCCGAAAUUGCGGAAAUGUAUCACUGCACCGCCAAAAAACUUGGGUGAUAUCGACGAAGAGGCCAAAGAAAUCGUGUCUCUGAAGUGCGGUCGUGAGCAGAAAAAGUUUUUCACUGUGGUCAAAAAUGUUCGUCACGGGUAUCAAAUUCAGGAAAUAGCAGAAUUCCAAGAUUUUCAAGAUGAUGUGGAUUAUAUUCUCGAAUCGCUCAAAGACUCAAAUCCUAUUGGCGUCCGCUGUCUAAGUGCCGUUUCUUUGGCAAGCAAGUGCAUGGUUCCUGCUUUUCGAAUGCAUUUGCGGGCACAGGGAACUGUCGCAAAUUUCUUUGGUGCAUUGAAAGACGCUCCAUCUGAUGCGUGUUUGUCACUCUGCACUGCCAUGACCUUCUUCGUCCUUGCUCAAGAUCGGCUCAAUAUGGAUCUGGACUGCGAGAGUCUUAAUUUGAUGCUGAAACUCAUCGAAUCCAACACUGGUGGCGAAGGAGCCGAAUUCAAGGAAACCAAAUUAGACUCCAAAGAACUCGAAAAGCAUCGUCAGAAGGUCAAAGAGAUGUGUGCCGAAUUGCAAUCGCAAGGCCACGCUCAGACGUUGGAUUUAAACCACAUCACCCCUGAACAUUUGGCUGUGGAAACGUUGUUGAGUUUAACGUCCCGCCGUGCUGGAGAAUGGUUCAAAGAGGAGCUUCGGGAACUCGGCGGUUUGGCGCAUAUCGUCAAUACAGUGAACGACUGUUUACGUUAUUUGCCGCAAGCUCGUUCCGUCGAACAGAUUCACUUGCUGCCGCCUAUAACUUGGAAUGCAAAAUCUGUGGAGAAGCUCAAGAGAGCUGAACGAUGCCUUCGAGUUUUUCAAAGUGUGACGAGUCACAAUGAAGAUAAUCAGAAGUACCUGCUCAGUUACCAAAACGGCGUGUUGGUGGAUUGUGUGAUGAAACUGUGUGAACUUUCUGCGAACGAAAUUCCGUCAUACUCUAUGGAUUCGUUCAGUGUGAGGGAGUCACUUGCCGAUACGUUGCUCGCAACAUUGCUGUCUUCGAUGAAAGUUCUUCUUUUGCUUGCUGGAGACAUAUUUUCGGAAAUUCCGGAUGAGCGACCCGCGGAAAUUCUUGGGAAGCGUCCUGGACUUUUUUCCCUCUGUUGUCAGUGUAUGUUCCAUCUGAAAAAGGAUGUACCGGAAUCAUUCAAGGCAGAAUUCCUCAUCUUGGCGCUUGGAAUUUUGAUACAUCUUGUUGAAAAGUCGCCGAAAAACCGAGACAAAUUUCUGUCUAUGAGGAUCAAUGAUGGAAGGGAUAUUCCUGGAGAAACAGAACCCAUGGAAGCAUUCAUUCAUUUGUUCCUCAAUUGUGACGCCAACGCCAAAGAAGUCGCCGAGGUCACUGACAACAUCAUUGAUGAAAUGGACGAAGCUCGUAAGAAGAAACGUGAUCAAGAAAAACAAAAGAAAGAGGAAGCGUUGGAGGAGACUUUGAAUGACCUUGUUUCCAAGGCUGGGAAGCAUAUGGAGGAAACCAUCAUCGGCGCAAACACAGCUAUGCUCCUAACGCAUUGCAUUUGGGAUAACCCGGGUCGAGAGGAAGCAUUACGCCAGCUAUUGCCAGAAAAAAAUUUCUCCCGGCUUAUUGGUUUGGUGGAGAAGUACUUCAACUUUGUUAAGCUUACAGCCACGAUCGGUAACACGGGAGCGAAUGCUGUUCAAAUCAUCGACAAAGUCUUGAAAUACCUGAAGAAGCGCGACGAAUUGAAAACUGCUUCCAACAGCGAUGCAGAUCGCGAUGCAGCGAAUUCCUCUUGGUGUUUGGAUGAUUCCAUAUCACUGCCACUCCCGGAUCCCGAUGAAUCAAUGUCUGCAGAGGACUCGAACGCUGUUGACGACGACAACUUUUCAUUCAGCUCUGGCUGAUAGAAUCUCGAUCAAAGAUGAUAAUGUUCAUGCAAUUAUCGAAUCGGGUGCGUUUGGGGAUACAUUUUUUUACCGUGAUUGAGAAAAAAGGAUCGAUUUCUUGCUACACGUUGAUUUUACAAAUUGAUAUUAGAAUUUUACUACUGUACUAAGAUUGCGAGGAGUUAUUUAUGCGACAUCUCUGCAUUCAAAUAAUUUUGGCACGAAUCUGGACCUGUGUAACUGGUCAUGAACCGUGUGUUAUGCUUUAAGAAAAACUUCCGUUGUGCGUUUUUAUUUAUGAUUUGUUCAACAGGAUUUGCAGAUCUCAUUUUGGAGUUUUUUCGGUGCUCUCCGUGUAUUUUCGAUUGAAUGACGUUCGUUUUGUUUGAUUGAGCGCGAGCGUAUAAUUUUUGUGACUGGUUAAACGGACUUAUAUAGCGUGUUGUAGAUAUCUGCUGAAAUCUCCAGUGUCUUGAAAAGAGAGCGUCCUUCACAUUGUUGA